GGCAGAAGGAGAGGGAGAAGCCAACUCCCCACGGAGCAGGGAGCCCAAUGCGGGGCUCAAUCCCAGGACCCUGAGAUCAUGACCUGAGCCGAAGGUAGACGCUUAACUGACUGAGCCACAACUUAACUGACAGUUCCAUGUACUGUGUAGCAUCUUACCUACAAGGAAAUGACUUAGAGGCCUUACAAAUACAUCUGUGCAUUCUUGCUUCAGACUUUACAAUUGAGGGCCAACCCAGUCUUGGAAGCACCUCUCAUUACUGUUACAAGGAAACUGCUACCUCAGCAAACAGAAGGAAAGGAGGAGAAGACUUAUAAUAACAAAUGCCAUUUUUAAGAAAAACACUUGUUUUCAGAAAACAUUAAAGGAAACUUGGAAAUUUUUCGCAUUGAGAAUAAGAUUUGCAGGUGAAUGGAUUUGGCAGGCGGGCUCUGUCAAACCUCCGCAGCAGUUUGACCUUCCUUCCUAAGGACUUAGUGUGAAGUAACUGUACUGCUUUUUAAAUCGCUGUUGAUCAGCUUGUGGGUUUUUGGGUUCUAAUUUUUCUGGUAUAUUGAAGAUACGUUAUAUUACAUUAUAUUACAUUUUUUUAAAGUUAAGUUAUUUUUCUGCCCUUGUAAAUACAAGUAUAGAAAUAUUCUUGCAAAGCAAUGAUAGGUAAACAUUUUUCUCCACAAGCAUAUCUUUUUAUUAAGAGAGUGGAAUGCUAACAGUUCUUAUACGGCAUUUUGGACACACUUUUAUUUUUUUGUCAGAGGUCCCGCCUACCCUGAAAAUAUUACUUACAUAAACCCAUCGUUCUCCCAUCGACAUUGGAUCACACGGUCACCUGCCUCAUGGAAAUGCCUUUUUCAAAACUUAGAUUUGCAGAACUCCACUAUUUUUAUACCUAGCUACAGUUUCGGGGGAAAGAAGAGGAAUCCGAACCCUGCCCUGCCCACUGGGACAGCUCCCCCUCCCGCAUGUAUUGCUGCAGCGCCCAGGACAGUAAAAUGGACUACAAGCGGCGCUUCCUGCUUGGCGGGUCCAAGCAGAAGGUGCAGCAGCACCAGCAGUACCCGAUGCCCGAGCUGGGCCGAGCACUGAGUGCUCCCCUGGCAUCGACGGCCCCCGCGGCCCCCCUGGGCAGUCUGACUGCUGCAGGCGGCUGCCACCAUGCCAUGCCCCACUCCACGCCCAUCGCCGACAUCCAGCAGGGCAUCUCCAAGUACCUGGAUGCCCUCAAUGUCUUCUGCCGGGCCAGCACCUUCCUCACAGAUCUCUUCAGCACUGUGUUCAGGAACUCUCACUACUCCAAGGCCGCCAUGCAGCUUAAAGAUGUGCAGGAGCACGUCAUGGAAGCAGCCAGUCGGCUGACUUCAGCCAUAAAGCCCGAGAUCGCCAAGAUGCUGAUGGAACUUAGUGCCGGGGCCGCCAACUUUACAGACCAGAAGGAGUUCAGCCUCCAGGACAUUGAGGUGUUGGGGCGAUGUUUCUUGACAGUGGUGCAGGUCCAUUUCCAGUUUUUGACCCAGGCCUUACAGAAGGUCCAGCCGGUGGCUCACUCUUGCUUUGCCGAGGUGGUUGUGCCAGACAAAAAGAACAGCGGUGGCGGCAGCUUCUCCAGCAUGAGCCACACGCCCGAGUUGGAGGAAGCUGUGCGCUCCUGGCGGGGGGCUGCCGAGGCGACAUCCAGACUGAGGGAAAGAGGCUGUGACGGCCGCCUGGCAGGUAUUGAAGUUCAGCAGCUCUUCUGUUCUCAGAGCGCAGCGAUUCCUGAGCACCAGCUCAAAGAACUGAACGUGAAAAUCGACAGUGCUUUGCAAGCUUAUAAAAUAGCUCUGGAAAGCUUAGGCCACUGUGAAUAUGCAAUGAAAGCUGGUUUCCACCUGAAUCCAAAGGCAAUUGAAGCCAGUUUACAGGGCUGCUGCAGCGAGGCUGAGGCGCAGCAGACGGGGCGGCGGCAGACCCCCCCGCAGCCCAUGCAGUGUGAGCUUCCCACCGUCCCCGUGCAGAUAGGAUCCCACUUCCUGAAAGGCGUCUCCUUCAACGAAUCAGCCGCCGACAACCUGAAACUUAAGACGCAUACGAUGUUACAGCUGAUCAAGGAGGCGGGCUGCUACAAUGGAAUCACACCCAGGGAUGAUCUUCCUGUGACUGAAGUACUGAACCAGGUGUGCCCGUCCACAUGGCGGGGCGCCUGCAAGACUGCCGUGCAGCUGCUCUUUGGCCAGGCUGGACUGGUUGAUAAUCUGAUAUGUAUUUGCUGGGAUCCUAGUUGCAAAAUGAUGUUGCAGGUGGUAGUUGACACAGCACAGAUUGAAAAUAAAGAAGCCUAUGCCCCCCAGAUCAGUUUAGAGGGCUCCAGAAUUGUGGUUCAAGUCCCGUCCACAUGGUGCCUGAAAGAAGACCCCGCUACCAUGUCCCUGCUGCAGAGAAGCCUCGAUCCCGAGAAGACCCUGGGGCUGGUGGACGUGCUCUACACGGCCGUGCUGGACCUUAGCCGCUGGAGGGCAGGGAGGGAACAAGCUUUACCCUGCAUACAGAUCCAGCUUCAGAGGGAGAUCUGCGAUUUUGGGAAUCAGGCCGACCUGCCUUCUGGGAACGGAAACAAAUCUUCAGGCGGCCUGCAGAAGACCUUCUCCAAACUGACAUCCCGCUUCACCAAGAAAGCUUCAUGCACCAGCUCCAGCAGCAGCACAAAUUAUUCCAUCCCAAAUACCCCUUCCAAAAACCUCUUCGUAGCUGGGUGUUCGGAAGAGAAGGCCAAAAUGCCCAGCAGUAUUGACUCAAGGUUACAAAGCAUUUUGAACAUUGGUAAUUUCCCUAGGACUACAGACCCUUCACAGUCAGCGCAGAGUUCCUGUAACCAGAUGGCCAAUGGUUUUCUCCUGGAGAGGCGUGAUGGCUUCCUGCCAGGGGAUGAUGGCAAGGACGAGAAGGGCAUGAACCUGCCAACCGAUCAGGAAAUGCAGGAGGUGAUCGAUUUUCUCUCGGGCUUUAACAUGGGCCAGUCACAUCAGGGCUCCCCAUUGGUGACAAGGCGUAAUUCCGCUGCCACAGCCACAGUGACUGAACAGAAGGCCGGAGCCAUGCAGCCACAGCAGCUGCCACUGCCAGUGCCCCCUCCGCCACGGCCACCCCCGGCUGGGACCCGCACACCUCUGACCCCCCAGCCAGGCCUGGCACCUCAGCAGCAGUCCCCGAAGCAGCAGCAACCGCAGGUCCAGUACUACCAACCCCUGCUCCAACCCAUUGGACCUCAGCAGCCCCCACCCCAGCCUCGGGCCCCAGGGAAGUGGCUGCACGGCUCAGCCCAGCAGCCAGCCCAGCCUGUCGGAGCAGGUCUGUCUCCUCUUGGCCAGUGGCCUGGCAUAUCUGAUCUCAGUUCUGACUUGUACAGCUUGGGUCUGGUGAGCAGCUAUAUGGAUAAUGUGAUGUCGGAGGUUUUGGGGCAGAAGCCGCAGGGACCUAGAAAUAACACCUGGCCAAACCGUGACCAAAGUGACGGAGUCUUUGGGAUGUUGGGAGAGAUUCUGCCUUUUGAUCCUGCAGUGGGUUCGGACCCCGAGUUUGCUCGCUAUGUGGCAGGAGUGAGCCAGGCAAUGCAGCAGAAGCGGCAAGUGCAACACGGCCGCCGCCCAGGCCACCCCCGGGGCCACUGGCCCCCCAUGGACGAUGCCCAUCGGACCUGGCCUUUCCCGGAGUUCUUCACAGAAGGGGACGGUCUGCACAGCGGCUGGUCGGGUGCUCAGGGGGACUCCGCCAGCUCAAGUGAUGAGACGUCUUCCGCCAACGGGGACAGCUUGUUCUCCAUGUUUUCAGGGCCUGACCUCGUGGCCGCUGUCAAGCAGAGAAGGAAACACAGCAGUGGAGAGCAGGAGACCAGCACGCUGCCCUCCCCACCUCUUCUUACCACAGUGGAGGACAUGAACCAGGAUAACAAAACCAAAACGUGGCCACCCAAAGCACCCUGGCAACACCCUUCCCCGCUGCCCAGCACAUUGCCUAGCCCGAGCGCACCACUCUACGCAGUUGCCGGCCCUGGCAGCCAGUGGAACGACACCAUGCAGAUGCUGCAGUCGCCAGUGUGGGCCGCGACCAGUGAUUGCAGCACCGCCUCCUUUACCUAUGUGCAGACCCCACCGCAGCCCCCGCCCCCACCGGCACACAAGGCAGCACCCAAGGGCUUCAAGGCCUUCCCUGGGAAGGCUGAGCGCAGGCCGGCCUACUUGCCCCAGUACUGACCCAGGGCCAGCCUGCCUGCCUGCCUGCCCAGAGCUGUCGGGGCCAGUGUCCCCACUCCAGGACUGACUAGCUGGCACCAGCCCCCCAGAGGACCAGUGCACCCCUGUCCCAGGCAGGGAUCCUCGGGCAUGGGGGUAGUUGGCAGCUCCAAGCCUUUAAGGCCUGGCUUCUCAAACUUUUGAGGCAUCAGAGCCCUGAAGGGCCAGCUAGAAACAGGUUUCUGACCCUCAGGGAGAUGCUGCGGGAUCUUUGAGCUUAAUAAGCUCCCCCAGUGGUUCUGAUGCAGGUGGGCCAUAGGCCGCACUUUGAAAAACAUGGCUCUCAAGUUUGUAGUCCCACCGUGUGUGUUGGGAAGGCACCAAGCCUGAAGGCUGAGAGCAAAACUGACCAUUCUUCUGAAACCCUCCCCCUCCCCCUUCUUAACACGUUGAGUGAUGACCACAUCAGUCACUGUAUUUUAUAGCUAUUUUUCAUAUAGGUUUUUAGUUAAAACAUCUCCCGCCUAAAAUGCAUUGAAUAUUUUAAGAUAACAGAUAUAGAGGCUGGAGAUUUGUUCAACACUAUCUUUAUUUAAGCUUAUACAAAAUGGGCAAAAUACAGAGUAUUUGUGAUUGGAAGCAAUCACUGGGGUUUUCUGUGGGUGGGCAGCCCCUCACCACCCCAAGCAGCACCCAAGGGGUGCAGUCCUGACCGGAUUUACAAAAGCAGGAUCGUAAAACUGAUGUCAGAGGCAUAUUCCUGAUGGUGCAUGGAGAUGAGCCAGCUGGCUGCGUCCGUGUGCGGGAUAAAGUUGCACCUGCUGCCUUCAGAUCCACACGUGGCCAGAGGCUUUGACAUAGUCUCCAAACAUGGGGGUGUGGUCAAGAGGCUGCACAGAGACACCUGCACUUGAACUUGCAGUAACAUUUGUGAGCUGGCUCAAGACAAACCAAUUAAGAUGUAGAUAGGAAUUAAUUUAAAGUCUUUUCUUUAAAAAAAAAAAAAACAAACCUCAUUUUCAGUUAACAUGUGCCAUUAAAGAGAUAACAUCCUGUGGAUUUAGGGAUAUUUUCCAGCCAGAAUGGAUCCAGAAGAAUUGAAUGGUGCUUAAAUUGAGAAAUAAUGAUACAUAUAUCUCUAUAGAGUAGACAUCCCACUGUAUAUUAAUUGAAGUUCUUUAUAUAAAACUUAUUUAAAUUUUUCAUAUUUCAUCUUUGAAAAAGUCUAAUUGAGAAAAAUCCAUAAUAUUUUCUGGUAUGAAAGUUUGACAGUAUUAAUAUUUUUUUUAUAUUUUCUUAAAUCAUUAAACCAUUUUAAUAUA